AGGUCGCAUGAGGUUCGUUCAAGAUUAUUUGAUUUAGGAAACGAAACCUUAAUUAAGUUCUCACAUUUUUAGUGCUAACACCGAUACAAACUCAUUACACGAACACAUACACUAAACUGAAACAUAAUACACUAAACUGAAACAUACACACAAUGACACAAAUGUAACUUCUAUGCUCACGGUGAAACAAACAUCUAAAAUGCUAUCACUGGUACAAACAUAUACGCAUGACACGCACACAUACGCUAAAACGAAAACGUAAAUAUUGUUCUCACAAACACGAACGCUAGUACUAAUUAAUAAGUUUUAAAAGUUAGAAUUUUGUCUCAUCCAAGAUACAAAUUAUUUAGAAAUUUUAUCCCAAUGAUUGAAAUCGUUUCAAAGUAUAUCAUUAAUUAUCUAUUAGGUAGAAGUUAUAACAACCGACCAAGAGCAACCAACUAUUUCAUUACGUGAGCGUAGAUGUAUAUUGAUAUCUACACCCAAAGAUCUUGCGUUUGGUAUUUACGAUUUAUUAUACAACUUCUUGCAGAAGUAAAACGAAAAUUGUUACUAUACUAGUAGAGCCCCAAACGGUUUUCGUCGAUUUUGAAUCACUUGAACAACACAACUUACAAUGUAAAUAACAUUUGAUAAACUAUAUACAUUUGUUGUCUUGAUAAAACAACACAACUUACAAUGUAAAUAACAUUUGAUAAAACAAGGAGAAAAAAUAGUGAAGCAAUGUUGCUUCAACUUGCAAGAAACAAAUAGGGGAAACUAGCUAGUAUUGAAUUCAAUAUACAGACAAAAACCGAUUCAACACAUAAAUAACAAAAACCAUGAGAAUUUUAUAAGUGGGCCAAAGAAAUCUUAAGGAAUAGAGAUGGGAUUUUUUGUCCAAAGAAAGCAAAUCUAAAUGACUUAUUUACUUUUGGGUCGGACCCACAAGAAGAUUUGAUGUCUCACUUUCUCUUCUUUGUCUAUAUAAACACAAGUCACACACUAUUCUCUAAAGUCUUCUUCUUCUUCUUCUCUUAUUGUCACAAAACACUUUUUUUUCUUUUCUAAAUGAGACAAAAGGGCCACAGACACGGACGAACAGUAUCGCCCUGUGCCGGGUGUAAGCUUCUCCGGCGGAAGUGUGUGAAAGAUUGCGUCUUUGCUCCAUAUUUUCCGUCUAAAGAACCUUACAAAUUUGCCAUUGUCCACAAGAUUUUUGGUGCUAGUAAUGUCAAUAAGAUGUUGCAGGAGCUAUCGGAGAACCAACGGGGCGACGCCGUGAAUUCUAUGGUGUACGAGGCCAACGCGAGGGUGCAAGAUCCUGUGUACGGACGUGUAGGGACAAUUUCUUCAUUACAAAGGCAACUCGAGGCUCUCCAAACUCAGCUCGCUUUUACUCAGGCCGAGUUGAUGCAUAUAAGGACGCUCUGCCGUAUUGACACCAAACCUUCGCCAUACACAGCGAGCACCGUUACUUUCCCGACGAACAAAGACUUCUCUAGUGACGUCGACAUGGCUUUUGUGUACGAGGAUGGUUCCGGAGACUCCCUUUGGUCGUGCUAGCUUUUCAAUUAGUACUCUAUCUUUGCAUUAGUUAUAACUAAAUAAAUUAUAAGAUGUGUAUAUGAACAAGUAUACGAUUAAAUUAAUUUAAGUAGUUGUCUAGAGUAGUUAUUAUCAAGUAGCAGCUACAAGUAUUAAGAUUAUGGACUUUAUUUCUCUCUGCCUUCUUUUGGAUGUAUAUGUUACAUAUUGAUAUGUUGGUUUAUAUCA